UACCUGCCUGAGCGCAGAACUAGAAUCUCAUUACCUUUCCAAUACAAUCCAAACGGCUGAGGUUCAGAUUGUUCCUGCGAGUGUUUGUCUCCACUCAGACAAAGUGACGGAGCCAUGGCUGUGGCUAACUUCCAGUACAUUACCCGGAUGAGCAGCGGCUUCAAGGUCUACAUUUUAGAAGGUCAACCUCAUCUCAGAGGCGAAGACCGGUACAGACAUAUGGCGAACGAACGAACUCGAGCUCCGGCUGUGUAUCCGAUCAAACGCAAACGCAGCCAUGAGAGAGGCCUGACUUUGGAGGAAAGGCGAGAGCGGGCAAUAAGCAGGAGCAAGGUGGCCCAGAGAGCAGGACCAGCGCCUGCAGCCUUGAGUAACCAGCAGAGUCCGUCGUCCCCCCAGUGCCCGACGCCAAGCCCCACCAGCCCUUUGCCCGCCUACGUGUAUUACACGCCGGUCAGUGACGAACCCCUGGCACUCAUCAAAAAACCAAGGAAAGAGCCUGAAGACGCAGAGGAAAAGAUGUCAGGUUCAGCUGCCGCCAAGAUCCAGAUGCGUCCAUCUGUGAUCACCUGUGUGUCCUCAGUAAAAAAACCUUCCUCAAGACCCGAGGUCCACCGAACUCAUUCUUCAGAUUCCGAACACAACUAUGAUCACGUCCUCGAGGAGCAUUUCCAGAGGAGCCUGGGGGCCAACUACCAGCAACCCCGCGCCAAGCAGCUCUCCAUCAGCGUGUCCGUGGACGACCACUUCGCCAAGGCGCUGGGAGAGGACAAGUGGCUGCAGAUCAAAUCCAAGUCCUCCUCCUGUUCCUCAACACCGCCCAGCAGCCCCAGCGUCACCCACUCUCCCACCUACAGCCACAGCCCCACCCAGACCCACAGAGAGCCGUCGCUGACUUCCAGCCACUGGUCCCUUAACUAAAGCUGAAAUGGCACGAGAUCCGUUUCUGGAAAACUGAACUUUGUUUUUUUUUUGUUUUGUUUCGUUUUUUUUUUUUACAUUUCAGUGCAAAAGGUUUCCCCUGUCCAUGCAACAGGAAAGCCGGCGCUAAUGUUCGGAGCAAGCUAACAGAUUGUACAGGAGCGCGGUCACCGCGGACGUGCGCGCCUCCACACUGACGUCGACAAAUGUAGCACUGAGCGGGGAGAGCCUUGUUUUGUUACAUUUCUACCAUGUGCUUAGCAUCUGAAUCUUGCGAUACUGUAGAUGGUGUAUGGGAUGAUUGUUAAAUCCGCCAAAUAAUCCUUUACAUUUCUUUACGUUUGUGCCAUUCCUAGCAGACUGCCUGAAUGCCAUGAAUUGUCUUGUAUUUAUAUUCUGACCCACUUUGGUUCUUCAUAGUCUGAAUGACUUGUCUAUCUGCUGUGUAAUAGUUUGCUUGUAAGCCUUACACAAGUCAGAGUUUUUAGAAAGACUUUUAUAUAAAAAAAAAAACAAAUAAAAUGAACAAAAAAUAUA